AAUAGUUUUAAUCACGGAGCAAAAUUAAAUUUGUUUUUCGAAAAAAAAUAAUCGAUAACAAAUUUGUGCAAUCACUGAACUAUCGCCAUCGAGCUCUGUGUUUCGUUUUUAGUUUCUUUUGAUUGUGUUCUCUACAUCCUCAUAUCGGUUCAGUUUGUCAAAAGAAAUUGUUCGUGCGGGACGCAAAGUAAAAUUUUGUGAAUAAAGGAACUGACGAAAACCGAAAACCAAAUUUCAUUGUAAAAAUGCCUACCAUUAAAUUGCAAAGUUCAGACAAUGAGAUCUUCGAUACAGACGUACAGAUUGCCAAGUGCUCUGGUACUAUUAAAACAAUGUUAGAAGAUUGUGGCAUGGAAGAUGGCGACAACGCCAUGGUUCCUUUACCUAAUGUUAACUCGGCUAUUCUUCGUAAAGUUUUGCACUGGGCAAAUUACCACAAGGAUGAUCCGCAGCCCACCGAAGAUGACGAAAACAAAGAAAAACGUACUGAUGACAUCUCUUCGUGGGAUGCAGAUUUCCUUAAGGUUGAUCAGGGUACCUUGUUUGAAUUAAUAUUGGCCGCUAAUUAUUUAGACAUCAAAGGCUUACUUGACGUAACUUGCAAAACUGUGGCCAAUAUGAUCAAAGGCAAAACACCUGAGGAAAUACGCAAAACUUUUAAUAUUAAGAACGACUUUACGCCAACAGAGGAGGAGCAAGUUCGCAAAGAGAACGAGUGGUGCGAGGAGAAGUGAGCGUACAAAAUUAUAUUUCAAAACGUAAUUUCAAAAUCAUUUAAAGUACUGUAAUUAUAUAUUUCAAUUAAAAACAUAAA